AACAGUCGUCCGCGUGCGCCCCGGCCGCUGCGUCACGUGGGGGCUGGCGGGCCAAUGGCGCAGCGCUUCGUGUAGGAAUCGCCGUUGGCUGUGGGGGCCUGCGCGCUUGUGGCCGUUGGGAGGGAGCGGCGCGAGUGGAGCGCUGAGGGGAGGCGGCCUCGGCGGCGGCGGGUCGGGUCGGGAACCACAGACAUGGCAACUACGCAGUCUGUCUUCACAUUUGCUCUCUGCAUUUUAAUGAUAACUGAAUUAAUACUGGCUACAGAGAGCUAUUAUGAUAUCCUAGGAGUUCCAAAAAAUGCAUCUGACCGCCAGAUCAAGAAGGCAUUUCACAAGCUGGCUAUGAAAUACCACCCAGACAAAAAUAAGAGUCCUGGUGCAGAAGCAAAAUUUAGAGAAAUUGCUGAAGCAUAUGAAACAUUAUCAGAUGAGAAUAAACGAAGAGAAUAUGAUCAGUUUGGCCGUCACGGAGGACAGGGAAGUAAUGGAAGCCCUUUCCAUCAGUCAUUUAAUUUCAACUUUGACGAUUUGUUCAAAGACUUUGACCUAUUUAGUCAAAACUCACGGUCAAAAAAGCACUUUGAAAGUCACUUCCGAAGUCAUCGGGAAGCUCACAAUCGACAAAGACGUUCUUUCCAGGAAUUCUCCUUUGGAAGUGGACUGUUUGAUGAUGUGUUUGAAAAUAUGGAAAAAAUGUUUUCUUUUAGUGACUUUGAAAAUGCACACCGACAUGCAGUGCGAACUGAUAACAGGUUUCAUGGAUCUAGCAAGCACUGUAGGACUGUCACUCAGCGACGAGGAAACAUGGUUACUACUUAUACGGACUGUUCAGGACAAUAAUGUUUCUUUUCUGUUUUCCUCUCUUCUCAUUUCAACAUCUUCAUAAUCUUGGUUUUGUGCUAAUAUGGAGAAAUUUCUUUAAGCUGUCCGUUCUAAAAAAAACACUUAACAUUACUAGUAUAAAGAAAUUUUAGAUAAAACUAAUUCUUCUAAUGGAAACAACAUGCAGUUGGGAAAUAAAUGUCUUGAAAGCUACUUAGAAUGGGAAGGGGAGAGAAGUGAUCUCAUGUGACAGAAAAUAAAUAUAUAUAUUUCAGUUUAGUAAACACUUUCCGUAAAUUUGAACUUCAACACAUGAUACAUUUUUAAUUUUAGAAAUGUAAUAUAAACUCUUUUACUUAUAUAUGCCAAUUCAGGACUGUUUGAGUUAGUGGUGCAUGAAUUUCAGCAGAGGAGAAAGGAGUUGCUUUAUUCUGAAGUGUUGCUUUUUUUUUAAAUGUAUUUCUAAGUUCUCACUUGCAGUUUUCACCUGAUAUGGGCUUACUGUGUGACUUAUCUUAAUUUGCACAAAAUAGAAGUGGAAGUGUGACUUGUGUGGGUCUCAAUUUGAAUACUCUGUCCAGUGUUGCAAACGUGUUAAAAAUAAAACCCAUUUUUUUAAAAAUUGGGUAGUAAUAAGAGGGAGUAUGUUAAGAUUGUGCUUCACCUAGAAAGUACUGUAGUAGUCGCUUAUAUUUCCAGGUAGCCUUACAUAGGCUUCUAAAGAUUUUAGGAUGUGAAUAGCACUUGAAUACUUUAAGGCUAUUCAUGGAUGCAAGUUUGCAUGCACACAAGGUCUUUCCUUUCAUCUUCUUUUUUUUUUUCCUUAAUACAAAUUUCUUUUUAACCAAAUUUGAAAGAGCAGACUGAAUAUACUCUUGUUUUAUGCUUAUUAUAUUACCACAUGUGAAAUGUAUUUUCCAUAGCUCAGUUUAUUGAACUUAAAUACUCCUCAGUGCUCUGGUGAACUUAAACAAGAUAAGCUUAGCUCCAGAUGCAUAGUGUUUCUGGAAGUUUCUAAAUAAGGAAUAAAUAUAUUGUGUUUAGAAUGACAGACUUAUUACCCGUCAGCAGGAAUUUUUCAGCUUUGUAAUUUGAAAGGUAAGCUCUUAGUGUAAAUACAGAGUAAAACUGAAAACUACAAUUGUAUUCAUCUAAUUCUUUGUGGUACUGGAAUUUGAUAAUAGAGAUAAUACUAAUGGGUAACAAUUUUGGAACUGUGGAAAUCCAUAGCCAGUAUAAACUACUUAAAAGAGAUGAAAAAAGUGAUAUUUUAAUUGAUGUCAAUCUGAAAGUUCUGCUUUAUUUCUUAACUAGUAAUAUAGGUCUAGUAUAUUAAACUGGUUUCUUUCAAUAAGAUUGCUAUCACCCUCAAACAGGGAUUUCCCUGCAGAAUUCAGAGGUAAGAGUUUACCUUUCAAAUGGAUUGCAUGAGCAAAAUGAGCAUCUUAAACAGCAGUGUUUUCAAUAGGCUUUGAUUUCUUAAAAUCUUUAUCAGAAAGAGAUUUAACCCUUUACCUCUCAGACUGAUAUUGAAAGCUGCCUGUUUGUUAGUAACUUUAACCUUCCCCACAAGGGUAUGUAUUAUUACUUGUUCAGUUUUCACUCACUAAAUACUUAGAAUGGAUUGUUGCAUUAUAUUAAGUGCUUUUCCUUUCCAUGUUCUUCUUUAUUUAUUAAUAGACUAAUACCUCAUAUGUGGUCUUUAUAAAAAGCCAAUAAUUUGUGCAACAUUAUCGGAAUGUGCAAUAUUCUUAUAGUGGGAAAAGUGCUGGGGUAUGUGUAUGUUUCUUGUUUCCACCUAUUUUCAGUGCAAGUCAAGAUUUUAGUUUCUUGCAUAUAAUUAAUAUAUGACUCAACUUAAACAUAUAAUUCAUGUAGAUUUCUGCAAUUUUUUCUUUAAUGUGCUCUAUCAGUCCCAUGCAUGAAUCAGUCUGCCUGAUUCAUACCACAUGGGCAUCCAAGUGAACAAAUUAUUAUCUUCAAGCUCUGAAUUACUUUAUCUCACAAAAAUCAAUUUUUUUUUCUUUUGGUUAAGAGGAGGCUUCAGUAUCCAUUUGAGAAAAAUUGUUCACACUGAUAAGUAAAGACUUACCAUGGAAGGAUGUGGCCUUUAAUAUUAAACGCAAGAGUAUCAGUGAGUCAUCUUUAGAGAUGAUAAGUGCUGAAACUUAGAAGUGCAAGGCAACCCUACAAGCAGGAUGGGAAGGUAAAAUAUUAAUCUCUUAGUCUGGGGAAUGUUUUAACUGUUAAAAAAAAAUUCUCCAGAAACAACAGAGUUGGAGCCAUUCUUAAGCGUGGGUGAAGGAAGAUUUAUAGUCCUUACUAGAAACAAGCUACUCAUCUCCCCUAAGGGUAGUUUUCUCUCGUUGUGAACUUGGGUCUUUUCUGCAAGAGAAGUCUAUGUGCAUAAUCCUGAAUUAGAGGAAUAGGAACUAAAAUGAGUUCUAAAAAUUGCAAAAAACACAACCACCCCCCAAAUUUAAGUCCAUUUUUAGUGGGUGAGUGAGUGCAUUGACUUUCAGAGUUAAUUUUAGGUGAAGAUCAGGGUCCUUGGCUGCUUCUAGGUUAGCUUCUCAUUAAGGAUGUCCAAAACUUUAUUAAUACAAAGUAUGCUUGUUUUCCUUUUUAAAGUUAAAGUAUGAAACUAUGAAUAAAAUGACAGGAUUGCUUGUUUUCUAGCUAAUUGACUUUUAGCUGAAGGAAUGCAGGCAGCUAUUUGCCGUCAGCGUUUUUUAAUUCCAUCAGAAUACAAGCUUGCAAAACAUGUUGCACUUCUUGCUUAUUCAGAGCUCUUGCACAUUCUUUUCCUGUUUAUUGUGUGUGCUUCAUGACAGGCUCUUUAACGGAAGUCCUGAUACAACCAUAUGACACCCCGACUUCUGAAGUUUCUCAGGUUUUUGGGUUGAAUCUUGUCAUCCUUGAUUUCCAUAUCUUGUGAAAAGACCCAGCAGAAGCUAUUUUUUUAUUGGAGGGUGGAAAAUACAAUUCUUUCUAAUUUCUUGAAAGAUAUGUAUGCAUACAUAACUCAAAUGCUUGAAUUCCUAAAACUUCAUGAAAGAUGAGUGCUUUACUUACAUGUUGGGUUUUUUCCAUUUUUACUUUUGAAACAGUUGAUAUCUAGUAGAGAUGAAACUACUGUAAACUUAAUUAGGGUGCCAUUACAUUAAAUCUGUGAAAAUGUUCAUGUUUCAUUUUAUUUUAUUAUUUUUUAAGGUGGUCUCAAGCACUUGUAUUUUAUAGACCACCACAUUUUCCCUGGAAGAAUCUAUGGGAUUAUGGAGAGGGGGAAGACAGGAGUGGAGUUGAAAAAGAAUAAAUUAAUUUUCCCUGGUCUCUUAACAGAGAAAGAGACAUGAGGAAUCAGUUGGAGUUUAGGGAUUAUGCAUAUAAACUAAGCAGCCAAAAAAAGUCUGUGCAUAAAGGCCUUGGGAACUGCUGCAUUUCUCCUUGCUGCCUGUGCUCUGUCUACCCCUCUAAGGUGUGUAACAGCAGUGUGACUAACAGUAAUUGGUUUGGAUUCCCACUGGAAAGUGCAGAUUCUGAAGUCAAGGUUUGGAUGUUGCCGUGCUGAUUCAAGAGUUGACCUUAUGACUCUGCUGGUAACUUCUUGCUCCUCCUAAGAAGGAGGAGAAUCUGAAAGUGUCAGGAUUCAGUAUGUCUCUUCAUCAGAUUGUCUGUCAUUAGAACCUGCUUUCCUGGAACCUAAGCAAAUUUUCCAUCUUAACAAUGCAAAAACAAAUUUUGUGUACUAAAUAUGUUAGACCUAAUGGCAGAUCUGUGUCAGGAAUGUCUAUUAAGAGUUUGACUGUGCAAUAAAAAACUUUAUUAUA